UUUAAGGUUAGAAAUCCAAAAUGUCAAGAAACAGCGUCAAAAUUCUCCCUGGAGCAUUGGUGUGCGAAGAAAGCAAGCUACGAGGAGAUAUAAUAAUCGGCUCAGGUACCAUCAUACACCCUAGCGCAACUAUCUGUGCAGAAGCAGGUCCCAUCAUCAUUGGAGACUGCUGUUUGAUAGAGGAACAAGUCAAAAUAAUACACAGGCUGCCGUUCGAUCAGACAAGCAAAGAGAAUACGACUCCAGUUUUGAUUAUCGGCUCAAAUAAUGUUUUUGAAGUUGAUUGCACGGUGGAGUCUCCAAAAAUUGGGAACAACAACGUUUUUGAGUCAAAAUGUUUUGUUGGGAACAAAGUCACUGUUUCAAAUGGAUGUACAAUAGGUGCUGGAUGUAGGGUUACCGAGGAGCAGAUACUGAAGGAGAAUGCUAUCAUCUUUGGGUCGAGAUGUCAGAUGCGGGAAGGACUCGACAAACCUGGGCCACAAACGCUGCAGAUGGAGACUCUUAUGAAGAUGUUACCAAACUAUCACCACAUUAAGAAGCCCAACAAAAAGAAUUGAUACCAUUUUAAAAAACUUUGAAAUAU